CAUCUUCCGAGGGUCGGUUAGUAGCUGCGGGUCGGCUAAACUGCUUGCGGAAGACAGUUGUGGUAUCAGUAAGUUGGGAAAGGCGUCAUGUUUCGGUCGGGCUAUACUUAAUUUAGGGCGCGUGCUGGUAACCGGAGGGCGUGAUGCGGCGGUGGUCUAAUGGGGCAGCGGCGUUCUUGUCGGCUGCGUUAUGCUUCCUCGUCAACUUCUCUCCCGGCUCUGCUGGGUGCGAGAAGGACUACUUCCAGUGCGCGGACGGCAGCUGUGUGCCUGUGGCCUUCCGCUGUGAUGGGGAAGACGACUGCGGCGACCUCUCGGACGAGAUGAGCUGCCAGGACUUCGACCACGGGCCCCUGGAGUGCGGCGACGAGGAGUGGAAGUGUCUGGACGGCCAGAUGUGCGUGCUGCGGGCCUGGCUGUGCGACGGCCACCCGGACUGCGAGGACCGCAGUGACGAGCAGCUGGGCUGCAAGAUCAAGGACUGCAUGGACGGGUUUCUGUGCGAGAAUCACCACUGCAUCAUAUCCAACUUCCGGUGUGACGGCGCCGACGACUGCGGGGACGGAAGUGAUGAACGAGGCUGUGGCGCCCGCAACGUCUCCCACACGGCCUGCACCCUGGACAACUCGCUCUUCCAGUGCGCGGACACGGUGCACUGCCUGGACCUGGGCGUGGUGUGCAACGGCGCAGACAACUGCCUGGACGGCUCCGACGAGGGCCCCGCCUGCAACGACUCGAAGGCAGAGUGCGAGAGAUCCGACUGCAACGGUACUUGCCACGCGCUCCCGUCUGGCCACGUCUGUACUUGCGGCAGUGGCUUCGUUCUUCAGGCAGGCAAAUACUGCAUUGACAUCGACGAGUGCGAAGAGUACGGCGUGUGCGACCAGCGCUGCUUCAACACGCCAGGAAGCUACAGCUGCAAGUGUCUCUCCGGCUACCAGCUUCACGAGAACGAGCAUCGAUGCGUGGCUGAAGGAGGUGAACCGUUGCUUCUCUUCGCCACCAAGCAAGACAUACGCGGACUGUACUUGCAAUCCAGGGUCCACCACAAGGUGGCAGAGAACCUUGAUCAUGCUGUAGGCGUGGCGUACGACGGCAACUUCGUGUACUGGACGAACAUGAAGGAUCAAGAGGAAGCUAUAUAUCGCAGUUUGGAUGACGGCUCCAAACCGGAGCUUAUUGUAUCCGCAGGUCUGGGCCAACCCGAAGACCUUGCUGUGGACUGGGUUACCGGCAACAUCUACUUCACAGACGUGGAGAUGAAGCACAUAGGAGUUUGUUCUCACGAUGGCUCUGCUUGCGCAGUUGUCCUCACUGGAAUGCACCAAGUCAAGAGCUUGGUUUUAGUGUUUGCUGAAGGGUUCAUGUUCUGGUCUGACUGGGGUGAUACACCGAUGAUAGGCAAAGCAGGAAUGGAUGGAGCGAAAGCUACAGUGUUCGUGGAGACAGAUAUUCAUUGGCCGAAUGGGUUGGCCUUGGAUUACCCCAAUUACAGGCUCUACUGGAUUGAUGCCAAGCUGCUGAAGAUAGAGACGAUCAGACUGGAUGGUCGCGACCGCAGGGUGGUCCUUCAAGGAGCUCUGAAGCAUCCUUACUCGAUUGCUGUGUUCGAAGACAGAUUGUACUGGUCCGAUUGGGUCGACAGGGAGAUCGAGUCUUGCAACAAGUUUACAGGGAAAGAUCGGGAAGUUAUCGUGAAAAUGAAAAAGCAUCCCAUAUACAACCUUCAUGUAUAUCAUCCAGCCCUACAUCCAUCGGAGUUGUCGAAUCCCUGUUCUCGAGCGCGCUGCAGCCACCUGUGCCUUCUAUCGACCGGCCUGACGUGCUCCUGUGCCUGUCCCGAAGACAAGGAACUUGGCCCGGAUAAGCACACGUGUCGUGAUCUUUACAAGAAAGAAAUGGUGGUGGUUGCAGCAGGGCAUGUUUUAUACUUCGUGGAACACCAGAUUUUGGGAAAGCAACAAAUUUCAAAGUUAGAAAUCCACCAGAUAACAAAGAUUGGGCAAAUGGUGCAUAACUCCCUUGCAGAUACGCUGAUUGUAAGCAGCCACAUUGAUGGAAAGCUAUUUUCGGUUAAUCUCAAAACUGGGAAGGCUACCACCCUGGUUUCGAACAUCGGCAAAAUAGAAGGAUUAGCUUUCGACCACCUUGGUAACAACCUUUACUGGUGCGACGGGGACCGGGCAACACUUGAGGUAAUGAACCUCGGAAACCACUUCAGAACCACGAUCCUGAAGCAAGAGGGAGUUGAAGUUCCUGUAGCAGUCGCUGUAGUACCGGAGGAAGGGAUCAUGUUCGUAGCGUUUCGUAGUGACAAUACCAUAAGCAUUGACAGGAUGCAUAUGGACGGGAAAGGCGAAAGGACUCACGCCAUCCAUGGGUUAAAAGGCAUGUACUUGGCGAUGACAUAUGACGAAGAGCUGAACAGAAUCUUUUGGGCCGACCCAUGGGCUGGAGCCAUAGAAAGCACUGCCGUGGAUGCUACGGACAGGCACCAGUAUCUCACGGAUUUGUAUGCACCGAGCCAAGUGGCAACCUUGGGGACCGACAUAUUUUGGACCAAUUUUCAUCUGCCUCGCCUGUAUUGGGGAAACAAAUUCGAUGGGAACAUGAAGACUAAAAGACUGGAGUUUGAUAUUCCUAGUGAAGUCGAAGUGAUGACUCUGGCUGCAGUUCGAGGUCAGAAAUCCCCGAGGGCCCACAUCUGCUCGGUCGACAAUGGUGGCUGCAGUCACAUUUGCCUCCUUGCGCUCAAACUUGCAGUAUGUGCAUGCCCAUCGGGCAUGUUGCUGGAUCAUGACGGCCGCACGUGUUCGACUCCUGUUCACUGUCAAAAAACUGAGAUAAAGUGUCAGCAGGACAACCUGUGCAUACCCCUGAAACUAAGGUGCAAUCGCCAGAAAGACUGUCCAAGUGGGGAGGACGAAGAAAACUGCGUUUUGUGCGCGGAGGAAGAAUUUCAAUGUCACAAUAAAGAUUGCAUAGCGUUGGGGUUGCGUUGCAACAACCAGUUCGACUGUUCGGACAGGUCGGAUGAGUUCGAUUGUGACGAGAACAUGAUGGAGUGUUCAAAUGAGAGGUUAUUCCGCUGUGGAUCCGGGGAAUGCAUCAGCUCUCGAUAUGUUUGCGACAACUCUGUGGACUGCCAAGAUUCUUCAGACGAGGCUACAUGUGAGAACGCAACUUGCCUGCAGGAGGAAUUCCGCUGCACCUCUGGGCUAUGCAUUCCAAAGAGUUGGCAGUGCGAUAAUGACUACGACUGCCCGGACCAGUCGGAUGAACAUGACAUGUGUGUGUCUCCGACAUGCGGCCCGGAUGACUUCAAGUGCCACAACGGUCACUGUAUCGCAAAGUCGUUGACGUGCAACCACAUAAACGAAUGUGGGGACAACUCGGACGAGCUGAAAUGCAGAGUUGGUCACGACAGGAAUGUGUGCCCUGAAGACCACUUCAGAUGCAAGUUCAACACCAGCAUAUGUCUUAAAAAUUCCGCAAGAUGUAACGGGAAGCCGGACUGCCCAAAUGGAGAAGAUGAAAGGGAUUGUGGGUGCUUGGCAGAGGAAUUCAAGUGUGACAAUGGCAAAUGUAUUUCUUCGAGUUGGAAGUGCGAUGGGUCAAACGACUGUGGGGACAAUUCAGAUGAAAGCACUCUCAUGUGCCAAUCAAAUGCUCGGGGAAAUGCUUCAAAACCAGAAGGCCCGUGCAACGAAUUCUCGUGCGUGACUGGCGAGUGUAUUUCGUUGCAGUCUGUUUGCAAUGGAGUCCCGGACUGUCCUGAUGCUUCGGACGAAGGUGGCAAUUGUGACGACUCCUGCGACUCGACGGCGCCGUGCUCCCAGCUGUGCACGGCGACCCCCUCCGGCCCGAGGUGCGGCUGCCACGCCGGCUACGAGCUGGUGGGCGGCGCCGCAUGCAUGGACGUCGACGAGUGCAGUCACAUCCCUCGACCCUGCGCGCAGAUAUGCCUCAACUUGCCCGGCAGCUUCGAGUGCUCCUGUGUCGAGGAGUUCGUGCUGCGCCACGACAGGAGGUCCUGCAAGGCUACAGGUGACCCCAUGUCUUUCGUGUUUUCCACGAGGAUGCAAAUAAGGAGAUUGAAUCAAAGGUCAACGAACUUGGAGGUGAUCGUGACCACGCCAGGAUUGGAAGUCACGGGACUGGAUGUGAAUGCCAGAACUAAGGAGUAUUACUGGAGUACUCAACUGACAGGAGCAAUCCAUAAGAAGAUCGCAGGAGGAACUCAACACUCUCUCGGCAAUGUUGGCAUGCCUGCCAAGUUGGCUGUCGACUGGGUAUCCAGUAACAUUUAUGUGAUUGAUGCGGGCCGCACACACAAGAUAAAGGUGUGCAACUUUGCUAGAAGAAAUUGCGCCGCGGUUAUCAGCAUGGAGAAAAAUGUUAAACUAACUACAUUGGCAGUAGAUCCCUCUACAGGGUUACUCUUCUGGGCAGAAUCAACUUGGGGCCUGUCGAAUCUACCUGUUGGCGGGAUAUACUCCUCGGACAUGGCUGGCUCUGGUAGGAAGAAGCUAGCCGAUGGUUCUUUAUCUCUAGUUUCUGGCCUGGCUUUGGAUAGCAUAUACAGGACCCUUUUCUGGAUCGAUGAAAAACUUCAAGUUUUAGAGUCGGUAAACUACGAUGGAGACCACAGGCGUAUGAUUUUGGAUCGCGAGGUGGUGCGACCUCUGGGUCUGGCGCUAUACGAGAGUACCCUGUACUGGUUGUCGGCGGAGACAGAUGCCAUAUCCAGCUACUCCUUGUACUCGGCCUCUGGCAGAGUGGAGAAGACUCAGAUCCACGCCAUCGAUGCGCAGCUGUUCACGAUCAUGCAAACCUCGAGGCAACAGCAUGCUGUGAACUUGUGCGAGCACUACAACUGCACUCACCUGUGCGUCGUCGCACCGGGAGGCCCCAAGUGCGUGUGUCCGGACUCCAAGGUAGUUGGCGCGGACGAGGUUUGCACUGGGAAGAAGGACCGCACCUUGUCUCUCGGCGUCCCUGAAGCCGGCCUGCCCGCCUCUGAGUCGAGCAGCAGCACCGCCGUGGCUGUUCUGGUCGUGCUGUUCGUGGUCGCUGUUCUGCUCGCCCUGUUCUACGUCUACCAGCGCCGCGUCGGUGCCGACGGGAAGUUCGAUUGGAGGAUUAGUUUCCAGAACAAGGCCUUCGGGAUGUCCAAGCUGGACUCUACUCCCGGCAAGUCCCGCCUGCAACCUGGCCAACACGAGUAUGAGAAUCCCUUGGAGGAGUCGCUUGCCAGCAAGUUGACGAUCAUGGGUCCGGACGGACAGCGCAGGCAGCCAGUGGUCCUGCGCCUGUCCAAGGACGACAGGGGCAACUUCGAGGACUCGGAUGGCGAGUCGCCGUCGGACAGCAUGACGGCACGCCUCAUCCCUUGAAGCUUUCCACAUGUUUAAUGAAAUAAUGCCAUUUAUGUAAAUAUCUGAAUAAACGAAAAUCUGAAAUAUAA